AUGUCUUUUAUUCUGCGAAUCAUCAGUCACGACACCAGAAAGUUCCGCUUCGCGCUGCCGUCUGAGACUCAUGUCCUGGGGCUUCCCAUCGGACAGCACAUUUACUUGUCUGCCAAGAUUGAUGGGAAUCUUGUAGUGAGACCCUACACGCCAGUGUCCAGUGAUGAUGACAAGGGUUUUGUAGACCUGGUUGUGAAGAUCUAUUACAAAAAUGUUAACCCCAAGUUUCCUGAGGGCGGGAAGAUGUCCCAGUACUUGGAAAGCCUUCGGAUCGGUGAUACUAUUGACUUCCGGGGUCCAAGUGGGCUGCUUGUGUAUCAGGGGAAAGGGACAUUUGCCAUCCGCCCAGACAAGAAGUCUGAUCCUGUGAUCAAGACUGCCAAGAAUCUAGGGAUGAUAGCUGGUGGGACUGGGAUUACGCCCAUGCUGCAGAUAAUCAGAGCCAUCAUGAAGGAUAAGGAGGACAAAACUGUGUGUUACUUGCUGUUUGCAAAUCAGACGGAGAAGGACAUCUUACUGCGUCCAGAGCUGGAAGAAAUCCAGGCAAACUAUCCCUCUCGCUUCAAGCUCUGGUUCACCCUAGACAGAGCUCCUGAAAGUAAGAAAAGCGGAAGAGAAAGGGCCCGUUAUUGGCCAGCUGUCAGGAAGUACAAGGACUCAUGAUUGGAGUCAUGUCUGUGGCUUUAUUAUCAUUUGUGAUAAAAUGCUGCCAUAUUUUGCAGUUUCCUGUCGAACAAAGACCUAAACAUGGAAACAGUUGUGGUAAAAAUGAGAUUGAAAAGAUGUUUCAUUUUACCCCAUGGUUGUAAAGUGUGUUAAGUAUUUGUUUUGCCCCAGCGCUUCGUACAGAUACUCCCGCAAUGUGUGGAGUCAGUGCAGAGGGGUGCAGGGCUGCUUGCUUUAGCUGCUCUGAUGACUGGCACUGUUUCUGCAGCAGUUCUAACUGGUGACUUCCCUGGCUGUGCAGUGUGAAAGCAAAGGAAGGGGUCACGUGUGAGUUUCUGUCCCUGUCGUGCCCCAUUGCUGAAUGUGUGA